AGUGUUCAUGGCUCAAACAGAGGUGUGCAUUAAGUACUCAGGUGAGGAGGGAGGCCUGCAUCUAGAGCUUUUAGGCAAUGGGGAGGUCUCGGUGCUGCGAGAAGACCCAUAUCAACAAGGGGGCAUGGACUAAGGAAGAAGAUAGUCGGUUGGUGGCCUAUAUACGCGCGCACGGUGAGGGUUGUUGGCGCUCGCUGCCUCAGGCGGCUGGCCUUCUCCGGUGUGGCAAGAGUUGCCGCUUGCGUUGGAUCAAUUAUCUCCGGCCGGGCCUCAAGCGCGGCAACUUCACCGAGAAGGAGGAUGAGCUCAUCAUCAAACUUCAUAGCCAUCAUGGCAACAAGUGGUCUCUAAUAGCCGGGAGAUUACCGGGAAGAACCGAUAACGAGAUCAAGAACCAUUGGAACACGCACAUCAAGAGGAAGUUAACGAGUCGAGGAAUUGACCCGGCGACGCACCAAAAGGUUUGUGCACCGAUUACAAACUUAUCAGUGUCUUUCGUGAAGGUCGAAGAGAAGAAGGGAGGGUUCCUUCGAUGCGAUCAAGAUUGCACUAGUAGCCGUGGUAGCAACGACAAGGGAAGGCCAUGGCAAAGUGAAAGCUACAAGUGUCCCGACUUGAAUCUCGACUUGAAUUUAACCCCUCCUCCAUUGGGAGGAAUAGGGUUUUGUAUCAAUUGUAGUUGGGGAUUACACCUGAGGAGUGAAGAGUGCAAGUGUGACACUUUUCAUGGAAUCAAGUCACAGUUGUGGGAUACAAAGGCCUUGAGUUGAAAUGGUAAGAACAUAAUUAAUAUUCUCACUUUUUGAUCCCAAAUAUUAUAGACUUUAUGAAAAAAAAAUCUCUCAGUUUUUGAUUUUCUUUACUA